GGCCAUGUCAAAUCACUGCACAAUGAAAACAAGACAUCCGUUAAUGAACGUUUAAUGAUGAUCUGUUUUUUUCACCGAGGGAAAAUGACACAGCAGACCUGUCCGCGCUCAUAAAUGUUCUAAAUUGGCAGUAAGUUUAAGUUAAGCCAUGUCGGAUACAUGGAGUCACAUCCAGGCGCACAAAAAGCAGCUGGAUUCCCUGCGAGAGAGGCUGCAGAGGAGAAGAAAAGACACAACUCAGCUGGGCAUCGAGAUUGGAGGUGUUGAGGGUGGAUCCGCAAGGAGCGACAGCCCUGGACCGGCACUACAGAGUCCUCCGCAAGUGGAAGUUGAGCAGCCUCCAGACCCGGAACUAGAGAAGAGGCUGCUGGGAUACCUGUCUGAACUGAGUCUUUCUCUGCCAACUGAUUCCCUAGCCAUCACCAACCAGUUAAACACAUCUGAGUCUGCAGUUUCCCAUGCCUGCAUUCAAAGUCUCCUCCUCAAAUUUUCUGCCCAAGAACUUAUUGAAGUUCGGCAGCCAUCCAUCACUGCCUCCUCGUCCUGUUCCUCCUCCACCCUUGUCACUUCAGUCGACCACACCAAACUAUGGGCUAUGAUUGGCAGCACAGCCCAGCCACAGAGAACUGCCAUUAAAAGAAAAGGAGAUGACAUCAUCCAUCAAAAAAGAGCCCCAGGUUCCUCCCCUUUGCUUCAAACACCAUCUUCACCUCCAAAGAAAUCCUCUGCAUCACUGGGUCCUGCCUCAAACUCGCAGCUUACUGGAUCCUCUGGGGUUGGAGGGGAUGGACCUGAGAAAAAAGGGCGGAACAGUAAGGUGCAAGCGUCUCAUCUGGACAUGGAAAUUGAGAGUCUGCUGAGCCAGCAGUCCACUAAGGAACAGCAAAGCAAAAAGGUGAGCCAAGAGAUCCUAGAGCUGUUGAACACCAGUUCGGCAAAGGAACAGUCGAUUGUGGAGAAGUUUCGAUCACGAGGCAGAGCUCAAGUACAGGAGUUCUGUGAUCAUGGGACGAAAGAAGAGUGUGUGCAGUCGGGGGACACACCUCAGCCCUGCACCAAAUUGCACUUCAGGCGAAUCAUCAACAAACACACAGACGAGAGCCUUGGGGACUGCUCCUUUCUGAAUACUUGUUUCCACAUGGACACUUGUAAAUAUGUUCACUAUGAGAUUGACAGCCCUCCUGAAGCAGAGGGUGACACAUUGGGGCCCCAGGCAGGGGCCACUGAGCUUGGACUGCACUCCACGGUGGGAGACAGCAACGUUGACAAGUUGUUUCCUUCACAGUGGAUCUGCUGUGACAUCCGUUAUCUGGAUGUGUCCAUCCUGGGGAAGUUUGCAGUGGUGAUGGCCGACCCACCUUGGGACAUUCACAUGGAGCUUCCAUAUGGAACGCUCACAGACGACGAGAUGAGGAAACUCAACAUUCCUAUUCUGCAGGAUGACGGUUUCCUCUUCCUCUGGGUCACAGGAAGAGCUAUGGAGCUGGGCAGAGAGUGUCUAAACUUAUGGGGCUACGAGCGUGUAGAUGAGAUUAUCUGGGUGAAGACUAACCAGCUUCAGAGAAUCAUUCGUACUGGAAGGACUGGACAUUGGCUGAAUCAUGGCAAAGAGCAUUGCUUGGUGGGAGUAAAAGGAAACCCACAAGGUUUUAACAGAGGCCUUGAUUGUGAUGUUAUAGUGGCAGAGGUCCGCUCCACUAGUCAUAAACCAGAUGAAAUCUAUGGGAUGAUUGAGCGUUUGUCACCAGGUACACGAAAAAUUGAAUUGUUUGGGAGACCACACAAUGUGCAGCCUAACUGGAUAACCCUUGGCAAUCAAUUAGACGGUAUUCAUCUUUUAGACCCUGAAGUAGUUGCACGUUUUAAGAAGCGCUACCCUGACGGAGUCAUCUCCAAACCUAAAAACAUGUGAGGACUGGGCUAGUGAGAGAAUGAACAGCUCUUGGUUGAACCCUGUCACAGGAUUCAAGACUAAAAGAUAGUUUCAAAUGACUGCUUCAGGAACUUUCAUACCCCUUUACAUUUUGCUUCUUCUUUUUUUCAUAAAAAUCCUAAACCAC